AUGGAAGCAGAGUCAAACAACAUGACGGCAGGUCCCAAACAGCCAAGGCUCCGCACUGGCAGUGUCAGAUCUACAUUGCUAGAGUCUAACGCUGGCACUGGGCUUUCUAGUUGUGCAGGGCUUUUCGAUGGAAGGAGGGCGUCAAGAGGCACGCUAUCAGCUGGAAGCACCAAAGAGCCGGGUUUCCCACAUCCUGUCACAAAGACUGGAGCAUCCAGUCAAACCAUUGACCGCAAGGGCGAUAAUGGUCCCGAUGUCACUGCACAAAACGCUGGAACAACAGCAUCUGGGCGGGAAAAGCUUUGCACCAGCAAGGAAGAAUCGAGCGUUGUGAAGCCGGAUGCUGGCACGAUGCUAGCCAACCUGCUGAAGCUCUUCAAAGGCACGGGCAAGUCAAGUGUCGCUUCGUCUGGCGCCAGCGCUACAGCACCUGAGCGAAUGCAGCCAUGGCAUGGCAGAGCUGGGCCCAUCCAGGCGGAGCUUCGUGAAAGCGUUAGUGGACCAGGUUGA